AGGAUUAACCCCAGCCAGCACCUGUCUGUUCUGUCUUUGUGUCUGUUUCGCGUCGUGUGCCGCGUGUCCGUCGUUGUGUUGUGUGAAGUGUGUGGAAGAGUGCAGCCAGGCAGAAUGACAUUCAAGCAACGGCAUUUGCAUCCGCUGAGCCUGCUCACCCUGUGCCUGUGCCUGUGCCUCGCCAGCCGCUGCGAGGCGGGCACCGAGCAGCUAAGCAAUUUGUCAGCGGCCAGCGGCGGCAGUGGCGCCACCACCAACACACAGAGUGCCGGGGCACGCACCUUGCUGCGCGUUUACGAUGAGUGCACCCGUGCCGAGGCCGGAUUCGUGCCAUGCCUCAAGAAGAAGGCCAUCUCCUUCAUCGAUCGCCUUGCCCCCAUCGAUGCCAUAAACGUGGCCGACGGCAUCAAGCUGGUGCGACUGGAAGCGGCACCACGUCCAGCGGCCACUGCCACAAGCGAGAACGAGCUGCUGGAGUCCUCGCUGCCACGGUCCGGCAGCGAGCGCGAUGCCAAGCUGACGAACAUGCUCACGGAGCGGCUCAGCUACUUCUUCAACGGCCAUUCGCUGCAGGUCAGCUUCCCCAAGCUGACAUCCGACGAGAUUGGACGUGGCCUGGAGGAAGGUCGCGGCAAAAUGAAGAAAAUGAUGGGCAUGAUGAUGAUGGGCAUGGCCAUGAAAAUGAUGGGCAUGAUACCCAUUGCCAUGGGCGCCCUCUACAUACUGGCUGGCAAGGCGCUGAUCAUCUCGAAGAUAGCCCUGCUGCUGGCUGGCAUCAUCGGCCUGAAGAAGCUGAUGUCGGGCAAGUCGUCGGGCGGCAGCAGCUCGGGCUGGUCAUCGGGUGGCGGCGGAGGCGGCGGCGGUGGAGGCUGGUCGUCGGGCGGGGGUGGCGGCGGCGGUGGUGGCUGGGACAGACGCUCCCUCAACGAGGCCCAAGAGAUGGCAUAUCGUGCACACAAAGAGAAAUUGGCGCAUCCACAGCUAUACCAUCAGCAGCAGCAGCAGCAGCAACAACAUCAACAGCAGCAGCAGCUGCAGCCACUGCAUUCGAAGUCGUCGGCGCCACAGGUGACCAAGUCAUAGGACGGAAUGGAACGGAAUGGGACGGAACGGGCUCGGGGCCGGGGACGGUCAUGUGAAGACAAUCUAUGGGGGCAUAGCUAGGGAAUAGCUGCAUUUAUCUUGUGGAUAAAUUACGAGCAGACGACGGCGCACACAGAUUGUAAUUACAAGUAGAU